AUGCCUCGCUUCGUCUCUAUUCGCAAUAUCCUUCGCGGGCCGAAGAUUCCCAUCGUGGAGGUAGAGCCAACCUGGGAGUGCGAUCCGUUUGCCAUGGACGGCGACUCUUUCAUCCCCCCUCCCGAGAUCCCAGCGGUCUGGGAGGACGGUUUCACCAAGCCGCCCCCAAGCCCGCGCCAUGACUUUGGCCCAACUGCACCGAAACGCUCGGAGGUCCCCCUUGCGUCUCUGCACGCCCGCCAGGGCCUCAUCUCUCUCGCGGAGGCGCGGCGCACCUCCGGGAUCGUCUACCACUCUAUCAACUCAAUCUCACAGCCGUCCUCGGAACUGCCCAAGUCGCCCGAGUCUCCGAGUUGUGACCUCCUGAUGAUGCCCGUUCCCCCAGCCGUCGAUACUGGGCGCCGGGAUAUCAAGUAUCGUCGGGAAGACUUCAAGAUGAUGGAGGCGCGGAUGCGCAUUGCGGCGGUGCGUGCUGGCUACCUCUGA